AUGGAUCUGGUUAAGACUGUUGAGUGGGGUAGAAAAGAGAAUGUUAAUCUCUUGCGUGCCAUUGUUUUGAGCAAUGUUCCUUUAUGCACUAGUGAUGACACUAUUGGGAAAGUGUUAAAUACCGUCAAAGUUUUUGGUCGCACAAAAAUAUGUAGCCGUCGUGGUGAUGUAACUGGUAGAUGGUUGUUCAUUCUCGUGGAGGCCAGUGCUGAUUUAGAACCAGAUGUGAUACCUCCCAAGAUAGGCAUAGAAAAUGAGGUUGGGCCCUGGAGCGUCCACUUAGUGUGCAGUCUAGUAGCUCAAAAUCCGGCCCCUGAAGGUGAUUCCUUUCAGCUCAAACUGCAGGCAUUGUUGCAGCAGGAGGGUAAGUCUAUGGAUGAAGUGCGGGCAUUGAUCAUGGGAAAACAGUCUCCCAAAUCUGAUCUCAGUGUGGACCUUGUUGAUGCUAUAGAAAAACUAGUAGAUCGGUGCAACCAAGUUCCCAAUGAUAGUCCCGGCUAUAGAAAACUAAGAUUGUUUUCUGGGCUGAAACCUGUCCCUCCAGGUGAAGAGGAGUAUGAAAUCUGGAUGGAACAGGCUGCACAAAUGAUAAGUGAAUGGCAGUGCCCUGAAGCUGCAAAGAAACAACGUGUCGUAGAAAGUUUACGAGGCCCUGCGGCUGAUAUGGUCAGGUUUUUAAAAGUGAGUAAUCCAUCUGCGACUGCAGAUGAGUACUUAGCUGCCCUUGAAACCGCAUAUGGAACUACGGAGAGUGGAUUUGACCUUAUGGCUACGUUUCGUCACACUUACCAGGAAAGUGGAGAGAAACUUUCAGUUUUCCUGUAUCGCCUAGACAAACUUCUCCACAAAGCAUUGUUAAAGGGUGGGAUUGAUGCAGUCGGCAUCAAUAGAGCUAGAAUGGAACAGCUAAUUAAGGGUGCACUUACCAAUGAUAUGGUUGCGUUGCGAAUUAGAAUGACUCACAUUUUGCAAAGUCCUCCAUCUUUUUCACAAUUAAUGAAGGAAAUACGUGAGGAGGAACACUGGGUGGCUGCAAGGGAUAGCGUUAAAGCUUCUGUUGCCACUGUUGUCUCUCCCCAGGCAUCCGUGCCUUCUGAGUUACAAAACCUGAAGAAGGAGGUUAAAGAGUUGUCUUCCCAGGUUAGUCAGCUGUUGAACGUGACUACUUUGCCUGGUGGUUUUGAGUGUAAUCCUCCGAAGACACCUAGUAACCGCGCAGAGAGGGUAAAUCAAGGCAACUCCCAAAAAGCUAAACCUACUAGUAUGAUCUUUUGCUAUAAAUGUGGGGAAGACGGGCAUAAGAAGUGGGAGUGCAAAGCACCUGAAGAUCUCAGAAAAGUGAAUCAAAGGCUGAUGGGGAUGCAGCGCCUGCAGGGAAACGGGGCAGGAGCUCAGUAA